UAGUUAGUUGACGUGGUCAAUUAAGCCUGGCCUCUUGCGUAUUCUUUUCCUCCCCAAGUCUAGACUUUUAGACUGGCUGCAACCGUCGGUUCAGUCCGCCACUGCGAGGGGCCCUUGUCCUUCUCCUCACCCCCGAUUUUCUUGGACAGCAAGCUUUCAGCCUCUGUUGACUCAUUCGUCUUCGUUUUCUUCUGCUUCUCUCUCCAGACUCAUCCUGGGGUUCUGUAAGCAUGACGGUCGCUCAGGAUCCUUCUCGUGAGGAUGCCCGUAUCGUGCAGCAGCAGCAUGCCGACCAGGACAAAGACGUCCUGGUAGAUGCGGAGAAGAUGUCACCAUCCGACGUGGGCACUUCGUCCAGAGAUGGCUCGGAGAAGCCCGACCCGACGAGGUCAUCAACAGAACAACCAUCUCCUGAAGCGACUGGAGAUGGCUCCGAGGAGAAAGCGGGCGCUGGUGCGCCGUUGGAUAGAGUGCCGUCGCAGGCGCAAAAGCUAGGGAAGAAGAAGAUCGUCGUUGUCAUGACUGCGCUUUGUCUUGUCUUGUUCCUAGCAGCUUUGGAUAUGACCAUCGUCUCCACAGCCCUACCUACUAUCGCGUCGCAUUUCCACGCUUCGGAGAGCGGCUACUCAUGGAUCGCUUCAUCAUACAUGCUGGCCAACGCCGCCACCGUCCCAUUAUGGGGCAAGAUCAGUGAUGUCUGGGGUCGCAAGCGCAUCAUUCUCAUCGCCAACCUCCUCUUCCUCGUCGGCAGUCUGAUUUGCGCGCUGGCGAUCGACCUCCCCAUGAUUAUCUCGGGCAGAGCUAUUCAAGGUGCAGGCGGCGGAGGUAUCACCGUGCUGACCAACAUCUGCGUCUCCGAUCUCUUCAGUGUCAGAGAACGCCCCAUGUACUACGGCCUCUUCGGCUCUACAUGGGCCAUCGCCGGUGCCCUGGGCCCUAUCGUCGGCGGUGCCUUCACCACAGACGUAACCUGGCGCUGGUGCUUCUACCUCAACCUCCCCAUCGGUGGCGUCUCCUUCGUCAUUUUAGUCUUUUUUAUUAAGAUCGAAACCGGAAAAGUCCCCUUCUGGGCAGGCAUCCGCUCCAUCGACUGGACAGGCAACAUGCUCAUGCUCGGCGGCACACUAAUGUUCCUCUUCGGGCUCGAAUUCGGCGGUGUCAACUACCCCUGGGACUCAGCAACAGUAAUCUGCCUGAUCAUCUUCGGCGUCUUCACCUGGGGCCUCGCCUUCCUCAACGAAUGGAAAAUCGCUCGCUACCCCGUCAUCCCAAUCCGCCUGUUCAACAACAAACACAACGUCCUAAUACUUUUAAUCUGCUUCUGCCACAGCAUGGUCUUCAUGUCCGGCUCCUACUACCUGCCCCUAUACUUCCAAACCGUCCUCCUCGCCAGCCCCAUCAUGUCCGGCGUCUACGUCCUUCCCACCGUCCUCAGCCUCUCCAUUUUCUCCGCCGGCACCGGCUUCGUCAUCAAGAAGACAGGCCGAUACCGCGAACUCAUCAUUUUCGGCUUAGCCCUCAUGGCCCUCGGAUACGGCCUUCUCAUCGACCUCAAAUACUAUGCCUCCUGGCCUCGCAUCAUCAUCUACCAAAUCAUCGGCGGCAUUGGCACUGGCCCGCUUUUCCAAUCGCCCCUUGUCGCUCUCCAGGCGAACAUCCACCCCUCCGACAUGGCCGCCGGCACAGCUACCUUCGCCUUCUUGCGACAACUCUCCGCUGCCAUUUCCAUCGUCUUGGGAACAGUCAUCUACCAGAACGUCUUCCGUGAGCAAUUGCCCAAGGUCGCUGCCGCGAUCGGCGAGCAGAAGGCUACGUCUCUCGCGGACUCGUUCUCGGGGUCGGCUAGCUCGCUAAUCAAGUCUCUGGCAGCUGACCAGAAGACUGUCGUGUUGAAGGCGUACACGUUUGCCUUGAGUCGUAUGUGGAUCUUUUAUUGUGCGAUGGCUGGAGUUGGACUUAUCAUUAGUUUGUUUGUGAAGCCUGUGGUCCUGAGUAAAUCGCAUACGAUUGCAAAGACGGGUCUCGCGGAGCAGGAGAAAGCUAGACAGGCGGUUUUGGAGGCCCAGAAGAGGGGGAGGGGUGAGGUGGGAGAAGCAAAGGAGGGGGUUUGAUGCCUCCCCUCUUUUAGUUCUUCUUCUAUGAUGAUAUAUAUACUACACCGACUGGUAUUCCUUGCGCGAAACCAGCCUAAUAAAUCCCCAACCUACAAUCUAGGGGUAAAAAAGGAACAGAAAAGAAGAUCGAAGGAAGAAAGAGAAUUGGGAUUCAUUCAACUAACGAACUAGAUCUUUCACCUGCAUUCAACAUACAUACUUGCAUACUAUCUACACAAGAUGAUGAUGAUGAUGUAUCUAAAUACUUAAAAUCUAAUACUACCUGACAGACUGACUGGUUGAGAUACUUACUUCACUCCUAGUAGUUAGAAAAAUGGCACUCGUGCUUAGUAGCAUCAUACCAUAUGAUACUAUGAUCUGCAUACAUAAAUCAAAUGCUGUACCACAAUGACAUUGAC